GUCUGUAAAGGAAGAAAUAUUCUUAACCGAAAUCGAAAAAGGACUUGAUUGCAUUUCGGAUGAUGAUAAGGAACUUGAUCCAACUGUUGUAAGUUUCGAUGAUACAUCAUUUUUCUUUAUUGAAUUCUUAAGUUUUGAAAUCUGUCUAGAAAUUGCAUUAAUAAAAGGUGAAAAUACGGGAACUAUAUCUAAUCGUUAUGCAUGA